AUGUCUCUCAAGAAAGAUUCUCACCCCUCGUCCGCUGCCUUCGACGUCAUCAACCAGACGCUUCAGGCCAACGAAGCUGACCGCAAGGAUGCCCUCGGCAAGGCCAAGGCCAUCUUCGCCUUCAACCUGAAGAACUCGAGUGGUGAGGAGGCUGCUUGGUACCUUGACCUCAAGAACAAGGGCGAGGUUGGACAGGGUCUUGCCCCUGCUGGCGACAAGGCUGACGUGACCCUCUCCCUCUCCGAUAAUGACUUCGCCCAGCUCGUUUCCGGCCAGGCCAACGCUCAGCGUUUGUUCAUGGGCGGCAAGCUGAAGAUUAAGGGUAACAUUAUGAAGGCGACCAAGAUGGAGCCUAUCCUGAAGAAGGCCCAGGGCGGUGCCAAGCUGUGA